UUCCCAGGCUGCCCCGCGGCUCCAUUUGAGCCCCAUCUUGAGCGAGGGGAGUGAGCAGUUUGAAUUUCAGCUCCUUCGGCGGCGCAGGGGAACGGAGCGUGCGCGGUGCUUUAAGAAAAGGGGGAAAGGAGCCCGGCCGCUCCGCCUCGCUGCCACCUGGCUCGGCAGACGGGGAAAUUGCUUUGCCGGCACGGAACGAGCGACAACGCCGCGUCUAGGGGGCCCGCCCGCCUGAGGGGGCCGCUGUGACUGGACUCGUUCUCGUCCCCUCUUUUUCUCUCCUCCCCAGAAGAUGAUGCGUCUGGUGCUGAUCUCCAGGUAGAACGGGGAGGCAGGGCGGCCUGCGCCUCAGGGACGCCUCGCCGGCUGCCGCCGCCCCUCUCGGAAAGCUUGCGGACAGAUCAGUGGCGUUGGCCCGCCUUGGGAAGCCCGGGUCUGGCCGGAAGCCAGGCAGCGGAGCGGCUUGAGUGAUAGCGCCACCCCGACCGCGCAACCCGAGAACGGCUGUGAAAGGAACCUCAGCUGCGAAAGGGGACAGCGGAACUCGCGGAGAGGCGAGAAGAGGAGGAGGAGGAGGAGGAGGAGGUGGUGGCGGCGCCGCCCGCCGAGGGGCCCGCCGCUUUACUCAAAGGGAGGAAGAGGAGGAGCCCGGCCGCCACCCCCCUUCUCUUUUUGCCUCGUCUCCAACCCCAGGCCUGGUGACCGCCUGCUGAGCCCGGACUGCGUCGGGAGGCCGGAGGAAUGUGCGAGACCGCCAGCGACUGCGCCGUAGAGAGAACGUGAUCCUCCCCCUCGCUACGCCCGGCCAAGCUUGCGUGGUGGCCAGCUCGGACCCUUCUCAAGGUCCUUACCUAGUUUUUCGUCGACUCCAGCGAGGGCAGGUGGGCGGAACCCCCUGACUUCUCACUCGCGUCUCUCUCGCGAAGGAACCAUGUCCAAGAUGCCGGCCAAGAAAAAGAGCUGUUUCCAGAUCACAAGUGUGACGACGGCCCAGGUGGCCAGCAGCAUCACGGAGGACACCGAGAGCUUGGACGACCCGGAUGAAUCCCACACGGAGGAUGUUUCAUCAGAGAUUUUUGAUGUGUCCCGUGCCACUGACUAUGGACCUGAAGAUGUCUGUGAGCGCAGCUCCUCCGAGGAAACUCUCAACAAUGUGGGUGAUGCCGAGACUCCAGGGACAGUCUCUCCCAAUUUGCUUCUGGAUGGCCAAGUAGCUGCUGCUGCUGUUGCUGCAGCUUCUGGAGGGAUACAGCCGCCUUCUCCUGCUGUGCCUGUUGCCAAUGGAGGAGCGGUUCCCAGGAGCACUGUGAUGCCUUCAGCAACUGCCAGCCAAACCUGCUCAGUAGCGACAGGAGGCAGCAGUGUGCAACCAGCUGCUGGUCCGUCAGCCAUGCCUCUAACGGCUGCUGCCGCAUGCAGUUCUCGCUUCAGAGUGAUCAAGCUAGACCACGGUACUGGAGAGCCGUAUAGACGGGGACGAUGGACGUGUAUGGAAUACUAUGAUCGGGACUCAGAUGGUGGGGCUGUGUUAGCCAGGACUGGUGAUUGCAUUAGACACAACAGUACUUUUGAACAAGCUGUUCAAGAUAGAGACAGUGGCUUAGGUGCUACUGGUAGUUCGUUGAUAGUCUCAGGUGUGGUAACUUCUGUGCAUGGUCCUGACUCCUUAGCUGACAGUUCUGUUACUGCUGUUUCACAGCUACUCCAGCCAGAGAAAAUAAACCAGCCGUCUCCACAGCAGCCUAAUUUUGUUAUUGGUCAGCAGCCUCACAGUAGUGCUCAGCCAAUCUAUUCAGGAGCCACAGUAGCAGGCCAGCAGGCGAUGGGGCCUCUGUUGCAGACACAGGUAAAUGCACAGAGCGUGGGGCAAGCUGGGCCUAAUGGGAAAGGCUUACCAUCUACAAAUGUAGCAAUAGCUCAGCCAGGUUUGCCUGUGCCACAACAACAGGUACAGCAAGCAAAUGUACCAGUGGCACAGACUCAGCAGUUUGCUUACUCUCAGUCACAGAUUCCACCAGUACACAUGGUGUCAGCCCAGACUCCUGGUCAGCCAGAAUACAUUCAGCAUAUGACAGUAAUGCAGUCUCAAGGAGCUACUCAACAGGCUACUUCUGGCUCAGUCACAGGCACUGGAGCUUCCAGUCUUCCAGCAGCACAAGUAGUUGGUCAGAAUCCCUCACCUCUAGCACCAGUGAUGGGAGUUCCUUCACCAGCAGGCGAAACAAUAGGACAGGGAUCUGGGCUAAUGCAGGGUGGCCUGACAACUCCACUUCAGACUGUCAUUUCUCAACCAGGAGGUGUGGUACAGCAAGGCAUUGGACAUGCAGGAGCUGUUCAACAGAAAUCCAUGACUCAGCAGCAAAUGGGUGGAAGCAGUCAAGUGGCUGGUACUCCACACAGUAUAGUCUCUGGAGUUCAGAAUGUGCCUAUAGCUGUACCUGGUACUACUGUGCCUAAUGUGUCUACAACUUCUGUUACUAUGCCAAAUGCCUCUGUUACUUUAGUCCAAUCUCAGCUGACCAGCCAUACAACUGUCAGUAGAAGUUCCAGUGUUGUCCAGCAACAUAUUGGCCUUCCAUUAAUGCAAGGCACAUGUAGUGUACCUACGAAUCUACCACAAUCUAACAUUGGACAGUUUCAGACACAGCCUGUAGGUCAGAUUGAUGAUACUAGAAGAAAAUCUGAACCCCUACCUCAACCACCACUUUCUCUUGCUGAAAACAAACUUCAUGUGAAGCCACCUAUUCCGGACAGUUUAACAAACCCUCUUAAUUUACCUGCAACUACUCCUAUGAACAGUCUUGCCAGCACUGUCUUUGGCAUAUCUAUUCCUGUUGAUGGUGAUGAAGACAGGAAUCCUUCAACUACUUUCUACCAAGUGUUUCAUUCGAACAAGUUACAGGAAUCAAAGAACCUCUGGGAUAGUGCAUCUGGUGGGAGUGUUGUAGCCAUUGAUAACAAAAUAGAACAGGCAAUGGAUCUGGUGAAAAGCCAUUUGAUGUAUGCAGUCAGAGAAGAAGUGGAAGUACUGAAGGAACAAAUAAAAGAAUUAGUUGAAAGAAACUCUUUACUUGAACGGGAAAAUGCACUGUUAAAAUCUCUUUCAAACAAUGAUCAGUUAUCACAACUCUCAACCCAACAGGCCAAUCCAAGUAGCACUUCUCAACAGCAAACAGUGAUAGCACAGCCUGCACAGCCAACGCAACCUCCACAGCAGCCGAAUGUCUCCUCAGCAUAAAGCUUUCUUGCCUCAUUAAGAACUGAAAGCAAUCUGUCCUUGUGUGCCACUGGUCUUCUUUCCACUUUAUAUGAAAGCAGGUAGCCAUGCUUCAGUUGUGUGUUUUGGCCUUUUCAGUAUUAGACAAUCAUUCUGCAAGCGCUUUCCCUCACUGACAUGUCAUACAACACAGUUGGUGUCAAUUAUGCCAUCAGUGCACAAGGGAAAAUGUAGAAGGAGUUAUAAUGCAAAAAUCUGCAUUUGUUUGAUGCACAUGAGUGGAGGUCUUUAAGAGCUUUAGUAAGGCUCUUCAAGGUUUCCGUUACUCAUGGAUUACUUUGAGCCUUGGAUUUUCACACAGUAACAACCCAUCUUUAGAGCCACUGUUCUUUCAAUGACAAGUAACAUUUGCCUACAUUAGUUUCAUUUAUUUGUUUUAUUUAUUACAGGGCUGCUAUUCAUAAUGUACAUGAACAAUGUCACAGAACUUUUAAUUUUUUAAAAAAUAAAUGUAAGUAUCAGUAAAACUUGAUAGACAGGAUUGAGUUUAAUAGAAAAAUGUUUUAGGCAAUAAUUGAACAAAAGAAUCCUGGCCUAUUUCUAACACUAAUGGCAAUUUACCUUUUGGUAUUUAUUUUCAGUAGUUAAGAUCCAGCUUGAAUGUAAAUUUUUGUAUAGUGUAAGUAUGAAGACCAUAGUGCAUCUGUACAGGUAGUCGCCAGUCAUUGUGAUAUAAUAAUUGAUGGGCUAUUUUGAUGAAGAAAACUUUGCUCAUUUCUGUUUCUACUUUCUAAUAGAGAAAUUGCCAUGAUUCCUCUGCUUUUUGACAUUUCGUAUGAUUUUUUUGGGGGGUGGGAGGGAAUAAAAAGCUGUGAAAUUGUUCAACCUACUUUGUAACCAAAGAAGCAAAGCUGUGUAAUUGAGUUUUUAUUUUAUAAUGCACAUUCUUUAUGUAUUUUUAUUUAGUGUUCUCAUUCACAUUUUCUUUGCUGUCUAGCAUGAUCUGCAUGACCUAUAACCUUUGAACCACUUUCGUACCUCAUGUUUUAUCCAGCACUCUUAUUGUGAUAUGUAAUAGUCUGUGAACAAUGUCAAAUUAAAAAAAGAAAGAACAGCUAGUGUGGUGGAGCUGAGCUGGUGUGUUAUGCACUAGUUUAAAAAAAUGAAGUGAGCCAUCUUUUGUUCAUUUAAAAUGGUGUUUUGAAUUUCGUAUGCAGAAAACGUUUUGUUACAUUGCAGAUUUUAAUGUAUUUAAUAAAUGCAACAUGCAGAUUAAGUGCAGUGUAUACUGAGUAUUUAAAUUAAAAUGUACAUUUCAUAAAUACAGUUUCAAGAGACCAUUUGUAUAUACUAACGUAGUAUGUCAGAAGUUGAUGUACAAUAUAUUUUAACACUUUCUGAAAUUAAACUGCAGUUUUGUUGAAA